AUGGCGGCGCACCUGAAGAAGCGGGUGUACGAGGAGUUCACCAAAGUGGUCCAGCAGCACGAGGACCUGUCUGCUAAGAAGCUGCGGCUGACCAAGCCCAGCAAGUCAGCGGCGCUCCAUGUCGACCUGUGCAAAGCCACCUCACCUGCAGAUGCCUUGCAGUACCUUCUCCAGUUUGCCAGGAAGCCCGUGGAAGUGGAGAGCGUGGAAGGAGUUGUCAGGAUCCUGCUGGAGCAUUAUUACAAGGAGAACGAUGCCUCUGUAAGAUUGAAGAUUGCUUCCUUGCUGGGCUUGUUAUCGAAGACUGCAGGAUUUUCCCCAGACUGCAUUAUGGAUGAUGCUAUUAACACACUUCAAAAUGAGAAGUCUCACCAAGUCCUUGCUCAGCUGCUGGACACCCUGUUGGUGAUAGGCACAAAACUCACAGAGAAUCCGUCUGUCAGGAUGAGACUGGUAGAGGUAGCCUGCAAGCAUCUGACAGAUUCUUCCCAUGGUGUUAGAAAUAAGUGUCUUCAGUUAAUUGGCUGUCUUGGACCAGUGGAAAAAGGUGUUGCAAAAGAAGUUGAAAGCCAGGCUGCCAAAGAUGUCCAGAAGAUAAUAGGAGAUCAUUUUACUGACCAGGACCCUCGUGUUAGGACUGCAGCUAUAAAAGCCAUGCUGCAGCUUCAUGAAAGAGGAUUAAAAUUGCAGCAGGCUAUUUACAGUCAGGCCUGCAAGCUGUUGGCAGAUGAUUACGAGCAAGUGCGCAGUGCUGCAGUUCAGCUAAUUUGGGUCCUCAGUCAACUUUACCCUGAAAGCAUCGUCCCGAUUCCUUCUUCUAAUGAAGAAAUUCGCUUGGUUGAUGACGCAUUUGGAAAAAUUUGUCAUAUGGUUAGCGAUGGUUCCUGGGUUGUUAGAGUACAAGCUGCUAAGUUAUUGGGUUCUAUGCAACAAGUUAGCUCCCAUUUCUUAGAGCAGACCCUUGACAAGAAGCUCAUGUCAGAUCUGAGGAGGAAGCGCACUGCACAUGAACGAGCCAAAGAGCUCUACAGCUCUGGGGAGUUUUCAAGUGGAAGAAAGUGGGGAGAUGAUGCUCCCAAAGAAGAAAUUGAUACAGGUGCUGUAAACUUGAUUGAAUCAGGAGCUUGUGGGGCUUUUGUUCAUGGCCUGGAAGAUGAGAUGUAUGAGGUUCGGAUCGCUGCGGUUGAAGCCCUCUGUAUGUUGGCUCAGUCCUCGCCUUCUUUUGCGGAGAAAUGCCUGGAUUUUUUGGUUGACAUGUUUAAUGAUGAAAUUGAGGAGGUGAGACUGCAGUCAAUACACACAAUGAGAAAAAUUUCCAACAACAUCACGCUGCGGGAAGACCAGCUGGAUACUGUGUUAGCUGUCUUGGAGGAUUCUUCAAGGGACAUUCGGGAAGCACUUCAUGAGCUGUUGUGUUGCACCAAUGUCUCAACUAAAGAAGGCAUCCAUCUUGCGCUGGUGGAGCUGCUGAAAAACCUGACUAAGUAUCCCACAGACAGAGAAUCCAUAUGGAAAUGCUUGAAGUUCUUGGGAAGCAGGCAUCCCACUUUGGUGCUUCCAUUAGUCCCAGAGCUGCUGAGCACACAUCCGUUCUUUGACACUCCAGAACCAGACAUGGAUGACCCAGCCUACAUUGCUGUUCUGGUUCUGAUUUUUAAUGCUGCUAAAAGUUGCCCAACAAUGCCUGCCCUGUUCUCUGAUCAUACAUUCAGACAUUACGCCUAUCUUCGGGACAGUCUCUCUCAUCUGGUCCCUCCGUUAAGGUUGCCAGGUAGAAAGCUGGUGUCCUCCCCUGUCUCUCCCAGUAUUACACCACAUGAAGAUCCUUCCCAGCAGUUCUUGCAUCAGAGCCUGGAGAGGGUUUACAACCUUCAGCACCUUGACCCCCAGGGCAUACAGGAGCUGCUGGAAUUUACCAUCCGUGAUCUUCAGAGGCUUGGAGAACUGCAGUCAGAACUGGCAGGGAUGGCCGAUUUCACUGCAACUUACCUUCAGUGUCAGCUGCUCCUCAUCAAGGCCUUGCAGGAGAAGCUGUGGAACGUGGCAGCUCCUCUGUACCUGAAACAGAACGCAUUAGCAUCUGCUGCAGCAAAACAGAUCUUGGAAGAAACUUACAAAAUGGAGUUCAUGUACAGCGGAGUGGAAAGUAGACAAGUGGUCAUUAUUCACCACAUGAGACUGCAAGCGAAGGCGUUACAGCUUAUAGUGACUGCACGUACCACUAGAGGAGUGGAACCCCUUUUUGGGAUGUGUGAAAAAUUCCUACAGGAAGUGGAUUCCUUUCAGAGAUGUUUCAUCUCUGAGCUCCCACAUAUGCAAGGCAGUUUUGUAGAUAAAUUGCUGGACUUAAUGCCCAGACUCGUGACAUCCAAGCCUUCGGAAGUGGUCAAGAUUCUUCAGACAACACUGCGACAAAGUACCUUCCUCCACCUUCCUCUUCCAGAGCAGCUCCAUAGAGCUACUGCAAAUAUCAUUGAGCCUACCGGUGAAUCUGACAAUCCUCUGAGGUUUACAUCGGGGUUGGUAGUGGCACUGGAUGUUGAUGCAACUCUGGAACACGUGCAGGAUCCCCAAGGAACCGUUAAAGUUCAGGUAUUGUAUCCAGAUGGACAAGCACAGCUAAUCCAUCCUAAACCAGCUGACUUUCGAAAUCCUGGUCCUGGAAGGCACAGGCUGAUAACUCAGGUUUACCUCUCACACACAGCCUGGACAGAGCCAUGUCAGAUUGAAGUACGGUUGCUGCUGGCUUACAAUUCCAACAGGAGCAAGGCAUCCGCUAAAAUUCCUAAAUCUAACUGGAGCGAGAGCUUGGAGGCUCUCCCGCCAUCUGAAAACGGUAUAGAGGGGACCAUACCCUUCAGCAAACCCGUCAAAGUUUAUAUAAUGCCCAAACCUGCCAGACGGUGAAGUCUAUCGCUAAAAGAAAUAUAUUUAUGGGAUCGUUGGGUUACAUGAAAACAAGAUGCUGUGUUCCAAGACAGUGAACCAAACCAAAACAGUUUUAUACUUGCGUACAAAAAAAAAAGUUACCAUAGAAAUAAAGCUGCUGAAGAACAAUUGGUCUCCUCUGUUAAGAAGCAGAUAGACUGAUGGAGUUAUUCAGCUGGUCAAGAGUCCUUUCAAGAAAAUGGAGGUGUUUCUAUAUUGAAUCAACAAAAUCAAGACAGUUCUCAAUCAGCACUCCAGUAGUAAUUUCAUUGGGCCCUAUCUUCAGGUUUUACUUAUCAAAAGUUUUUCUUCAAGGCCUCUAGGUUUUCUGCUGUGUAUUUACUAUGUAAAUGCGUAGGCACAUAAAUCAAUAUUAUUUUUACAGUACUCUGAAAUGAAGCUAAGGAGUUUUAGGUUUUUGUGGGGGUUUCUUGGGGUUUUUUGGGUUUUUUUGAAAGUGUAAAACUUGCAUUUGUGCAUUGGUACCUAAAUUCUUAGUAAAAAAAAAAAAAUU